AUGCCUCCGAUAGCAGGCCAUAGCCUCCUGGUCAUCGGCGGGACAUCCGGGAUCGGCGCCGCGGUAGCCAAGCUCGCCGCCGCCUCGGGCCUCGACGUGUCCGUCGCAUCGUCGAACCCGAGCCGGGUCAAAAGCGCCGUCAAGGCGAUCCAGGACGCCGUGCCCGCCGCCCGCAUCAGCGGCUACGUGUGCGACGUGAACCACGACGACGCCGAGUCCAGCCUCGAGCAGCUGCUCUCCGACGUCACCAACGCCAACGGGCGUCCUCUCGACCACAUCGUGUACACGGCCGUCGUGCUGGACGUGCGCCCCGUCACCCACGUCAACAUGAAGUACCUCCGCGACAGCAUGCAGUUCGGCUACGUCGUGCCGCUGCUGAUCGCGAAGCUCGCGCCGCGCUACGUCAGCCAGAGCUGCAGGUCGUCGCUGACGUUUACGAGCGGCCGCGGUAUGGCGGUCGUCUCGGGCUGGGGUGCGUCGCUCUUCGGCACCACGCGCGGUCUCGCCCUGGACCUCGCGCCCGUGCGUGUUAACCUCGUGAGUCCCGGCGCUACUGACACCAAGAGCGGCGAGGAAUGGACUCGGUGGGUGGAGAUGAUGGCCAAGACUUCCCUGCUCGGGAAAAUCGGGACUCCCGAGGAGGUCGCAGAGGCGUACAUUUAUCUGAUGAAGGAUACUAACAGCACGGGAAGCUGUGUAAGUACGAACGGGGGUAUCUUAGUCCAGUAG